CUAAAUUUCCUUUUCUUCAGUCCUGCUGCAUUUCAGAGACCUCUUUUCAAGUCAGCGCUAAGGACCCCUUCAAGCGGAGCAGUAACUGGGCCCAUCACCGAAGACUGAUGAAUGGACUGAAACGGAGCAAAAUUCAGGCGGUUUUUGUCCCUCUUAAUCUCUAGGGAAGUCAGUUUGGAAUAACUAGAGCUAAACUAAGGGAUCAGUAGAAUGACUGAAAGCAGCAUCUGAGCCAGAAAGGCUCUUGAGAGCUGUGAUCAAUGGGGAAGGUGAUAGCCAUGCUGGAAGGGGCUCCAUGUAACAUUAGUGCUGGGUAAACACUGCAGUAAGAGUCCUGAGUUGCUCAAUAACUCACACUUGUUUUCUCCCUGCUGCCCACAAAGACCCAGACUCCUUCCUGAAGUCUGCACGUCUCCAGCGCCUGCCCUCAUCCUCCUCGGAGAUGGGAAGCCAGGAUGUGUCCCCUCUCCAGGAGACCAGCAAGGACCCUUUCUCUGGAGACUGCAGCUGCCAGCAGGAUGGGCUGACUGUCAUCAUCACUGCCUGCCUGACCUUCGCCACGGGCGUCACAGUGGCCCUCAUCAUGCAGAUCUAUUUUGGGGACCCUCAGCUCUUCCACCGCGGCGCCGUGGUGACGGACGCAGCUCCCUGCACGGCACUGGGCACGGAGGUGCUGGGCAGGCAGGGCUCCUCGGUGGACGCAGCCAUCGCCUCAGCCCUCUGCGCAGGCAUCGUCAACCCCCACACCUCAGGGCUUGGAGGGGGUGGGGUGAUGCUGGUCCAUGACAUCCGGAAGAACAGGAGCUGGGUGAUUGACUUCCGUGAGGUGGCUCCCCUGGGCAUCCCUUUGGAAGGGGACCUGCAGCAGGACACCAAGCCAGGUCUGCUCGUGGGGGUGCCAGGCAUGAUACAAGGGAUGCACCAGGCACAUCAGUUACAUGGCAGACUCCCGUGGUCCGAGCUGCUGGACCUCGCAGCUGGUGUUGCCCAGAACGGCUUUAAUGUCACACAUGAUUUGGCCAAAGCCCUGAGUGAACUGAAGGACCUGAACUACUCUGACCGAUUCCAGGAGCUGUUCCUGCCGGAUGGGCAGCCCCUCCUGCCCGGCACGUUUGUCCGGCGCCUGGAUCUCGCGGCCGUCCUGGAGCUGGUGGGGGCAGAAGGGGUGUCAGCCUUCUACAGCGGAAACUUGACCCAGGAGAUGAUCUCUGAGGUCAACAACUACGGUGGAGUCUUGGUGGAGGAAGACUUCAGCAAUUACAGUGUCACAGUGGAGGAUCCCAUCCACACAGUCUAUCAAGGUCACCUUGUUUUCAGCCCCCCACCUCCACAUGCAGGUCCUGCACUGAUCACAGCACUGAACAUCCUCGAGGGCUUUAACAUCACAAGUAAAGGAUCCAGGGGAAAUAACUUGCACUGGAUAGCAGAGACGUUAAAAAUAGCUCUGAGUCUAGCGAGCAACCUGGGAGACCCGUCUGGUGACAUGUCCAUCGCUCACACAGCAGAAGGGAUGGUGAGUAAAUCAGAAGCUAAUUCCCUACGCCAGCUGAUUAAUGACUCCCAGUCCUUCCCAUCCGAUCUCCACAUCCCUCACUUCUCCGUGGAGAGCGGCCCAGCUGCCAGCCAGGUCCUUGUCAUGGGGCCCGACGACUUCAUCGUCACAGUUGUGAGUUCUUUGAAUCGUCCCUUUGGCAGUGGAAUCAUAACACCCUCUGGAAUCCUCCUCAACAGCCAGAUGUUGGACUUCUCCUGGCAAAACAAAACAAUGAACCACUCCAUUUCCAGGCCGCAAAAUCUCAUUCAGCCUCGGAAACGGCCCCUGUCCUUCCUGCUGCCCACCAUUGUGAGGCCUUCUGAGGGCAUGUGUGGGACGUACCUGUGUCUGGGGGCCAACAACGGGGAGAGAGCCUUGAGCAGCAUCGUCCAGGUUUUGGUAAAUGUUUUAACAUUUCACAAGAAUCUGAGUGAAAGUUUGUCACUUGGUCGACUUCACCCACAGCUUCAGUCCAACACCUUGCAGGUUGACAGUGAGUUUCCUGAAGAAGAUAUAGAAUUUCUUGUAGCCAGGGGCCACCAGGUGGAUAAAGUCCCAGUGGUCUCCCUAGUUCACGGAGCCAGGAGAACCAACAGUUUCAUCAUUGGCCUGAAGGACCCCAGGAGUGCAGAUGCUGCUGGAGCCACAAUAUUGUAGCACCUCCCAGGUGACCUGUUGUCUGAACAAUGCUGACACACACCAACCCAAGUGAUGUGCAUGUUCUGAAGUGGCCUCUUCUCCAGCCCUGGGGGAGCCCCACCCAGACGUUCUGCACUCACCACCCCAGGCAGCACCAGGGAAGUCAGCAGCACCAACAUGCAGCUCCCUGCUCUUGUUUUUUUUUGGGUUUUUUUGUUUUGUUUUUUUUAUUUUUCAUUUAUUUGCAUUGCAAGCAGCCCAGUCCUUGUUACAGGAAUGCCAGGAGCACACUUUUCUUUUGGGAGAAUCUUGCUAAUAAUUUCAGUCUUUCCAAAGCCAAGUUCUAGAACAUUAGCAAAGGGAAAAACAGUUGAUGAUGAUGCUGAUAUCUUCACUUCCCUAUCUUUCCCAGAGCAAUGGUUUUCAACAGCUCUAACAAAUUCUUCCUCUAACAACUUGUACACCCUCCAAUGGUUUUUUUACAGAGGUUCAGCCUCCUCCGUGGUAAAUUUGAGCUUAGUGGUAAUGGGCUUAAUUUUCUUAGACACCUUUUGGAGAUAUUCUAGCAGUACUCCACAGAUUUGUGAAAAACCACACACCACAGACUGCAAACCACAUGGAGAGCAUUUGGGUAUGUUCAGGGCCUUCCUUCCACUGCCUUAUCUCAGUCUACUCCGAAAGUCUAAAUCAGGUCAUUCCUACAGAGAAGCUUAGGAUUUUCUGCUGACUGAAUUCAUGGCAGUACUCUAGCUCCAUGUUUUUGUACUGGUGAGUCUAUUGGAACAGCUGAAGAGAGUGAGAGAAAAUGUACAAACCAACCCAAACACUACUGAGAUAAUUUUCUGCCUGCAGCAUGUAGUGAAAAUACAAGAAUGCUUCUGCAUUUCAUGUCUGAAAUCAAGUGAAGAAAGAACACCCCAGCUGACAGCUGCACCACUUCAGUCAGCCCAUGUUUGGACAUUUCCUGUUCUUUUUACUGGCAACUUAGAGACACCUGGCACUAAAAAAUUCCUGAGUGAUAAUUUUCUGCGGUCUGAAAUUUGUUGAUGUCCUUCAUGGUGCAAAUGCAUCUAUGGCCACUGUACAUAUUAUAUAUGUAUGUCUGCU